AUGACGCCGCCAAACGAUGAAGCAAUGAAGCAGUGGAUGAACGACCGAAGAAGUGGAAGACACCUGGGCGAGAUGCCACCAGAGUCUAAGUAUGUUCCCUCAGCGUGGCCCCUGCUGGAGUGUCUACAACCGCCAGACCCGGAACAUGGGACCGAGGAAAAGACGCGACAAUACACCGAAGCAGUACGCUUCCGAGCGCGAGUACUCAGGCAAUGGCAGAAAAACCUCACGCGGGCAGAACGCGAAAAACGUCCAUCGCCCGGACUGAGCAAUUACGAGAAACGGGUAGCGAUGCAGAAGCGAUCAAAGAAGGGAAAGGAUCGGCUUGGCUUUCGCACCAGGUCACGAAAGAAAAGGCACGCCAAGCGUCCAUUGAGGUCCUGGAGUUCCGUAAACGGAAAGCCACCGACAAAACCAGCCGAAGACCGCGGAAAAGAAGACGAUGAUAACAAAGGGGAGAAGGAGCAGGCGCCGCAAGUGAUCGAUAUCAUUCAAGACGAUCAGCAAAGAAGAGAAGGAUCAGGAGCCGCAAGUGAUCGAUGUCACCCAAGACGACAGCGAAGAAGAGAGAGAAUCACGACGACAGGACUUCAGUGUCAUCGUUUGAUGUAA